AUGUUCAGUACAUCAACACUACCGGAUGCCGAUAAACGUGUUUAUUUAUCUGGACGUGAUUUACAUACAGUUAAUGCUGACGUAUUUUCCUAUCCUGAUAUUAAUUAUCUUGAAUUAAGUCCAACACGUGAAGCAUGUCUCGAUUUUAAACUUGGUCAAUUACCACGUGCUAUUGGACGUUUAACGUCAUUAAGAUUUUUGAUAUUAGAUACAAAUGAUUUAGAUUCAUUACCAGAAGAAAUUAGUCAUCUUCGUUAUCUUCAAGUAUUGGUAGUAUCAAAUAAUCGACUUAAUUCAAUACCAGAAACACUUGGCCAUAUUCAAAGUUUAGAAAGUAUUCAUUUGGCCAAUAAUCGUAUUAAAGAAUUUCCAUUAUCAUUUUUUCAUCUUAUCAAUUUAUCAUUUCUUGAUUUAUCAAGUAAUAAAUUAAAACAAAUUCCCGAUCAAAUAGCACAUUUAUCUCAAUUACGAACAUUAUUACUUUACGAUAAUCGUCUAACGAGUUUACCAGAAUCUAUUGGUAUUUUAAAAAUGUUAACAACAUUAUGGCUUGGUAAAAAUCGAUUAAAAUUAUUGCCAAGAUCUUUAACAAAACUUCGAUAUUUAGAUUGGAAAAAUAAUUAUACGUCUACAGUAUUAGAUGAGAAUCCUCUAGUUUCACCACCCAUAGAGGUAUGUCGAAAAGGUUUUAUAGCCAUUGAAAAAUGGUAUCGUCUCAAUUCAUCAACAUUAAUGUUAAAUUUGGAAGGUGUACAAACAGAAGAAGUUGAAAGUAAUCGAUUUACAUUACGACGAGAUACACCGUAUUUUGCAUAA